GCCUUUGGUUUAUCUGGGUCUCAAAAUAUUUGCUCGCUUUGGAAUCUGUGAAUUCCUAAACUGUUCAGAAACAACUCUGAGGUCAUGGCUACAAGUUAUUGAAGCUAACUACCAUUCCUCCAACUCCUACCAUAAUUCUACUCAUUCAGCAGAUGUACUACAUGCCACUGCUUAUUUUUUGUCUAAAGAAAGAGUAAAGCAAACUUUGGAUCCGAUCGAUGAGGUAGCUGCGCUCAUUGCUGCCACAGUCCAUGACGUGGAUCACCCAGGAAGAACAAAUUCUUUCCUGUGCAAUGCUGGCAGUGAGCUAGCAAUCCUCUACAAUGACACCGCAGUGCUGGAGAGCCACCAUGCUGCCCUGGCUUUCCAGCUCACCACCCGGGAUGACAAAUGCAAUAUAUUUAAGAACAUGGAGAGGAAUGAGUAUCGAACCCUUCGCCAAGCCAUUAUUGACAUGGUCUUAGCAACAGAAAUGACAAAGCACUUUGAGCAUGUCAACAAGUUUGUCAACAGCAUUAAUAAACCCUUGGCAGCGCUAGAAGAAAAUGGGAAUAAUGGUGAUGGAGAGUCAAUCAAAACUGUCCUCACAUCUCCUGAAAACCGAAUCCUUAUCAAGCGCAUGUUGAUAAAGUGUGCAGACAUUUCCAACCCGUGCAGACCCAUAGAACAGUGCAUCGAGUGGGCCGGACGCAUCUCUGAGGAGUACUUUGCACAGACUGAUGAAGAAAAGAGGCAAGGUUUACCUGUCGUGAUGCCAGUUUUUGACAGAAAUACCUGCAGCAUCCCCAAAUCCCAAAUAUCAUUCAUUGAUUACUUCAUUACUGAUAUGUUUGAUGCCUGGGAUGCAUUUGCAGACCUGCCAAAUUUGAUGCAGCAUCUGGAUAAUAACUUUAAAUACUGGAAAGGACUAGAUGAAAGGAAGCUGCGGAGCCUUCGACCGCCACCAGAAUAGCAUUUAGACCGUGUAUUACAGUAAGGGUAGCCCAUGCGCUUGGGGAACUUUCAAAUUCAAGAGAACAUGAGGUCAGCAGUUG